AUGGCAACUAUCGGGGAUGUCGAGAUGAUCCUCGAUAACGGCACAAAGCAGGGCGGCAAAGUGCGCGUCCACAACGUCCUGUAUAUUCCAGGACUCCGCUUUAACUUGUUUAGUGCAUCAAAAUUAGCCGACAAAGGAAUCACAGCGGAGUGCCGGGCGAAGAGCCUUAUCCUGCACCGACAGGACGGCUCAGUCCUCGCACGAGGCAGUCGAAGUGAACACAACUGGCUAUUGAAUGUCAGAAAGGUCAUCCAGCACUCGCAAACGACUAUACUCGACACAGAGACGGUCCAAGUUACCCCAAGGGUAGUGACCUCCGCAGAGAGAACGGACGCAGUCACGAAACUUGACCGCAGCAAGCCGAAUGUCAUGACCUGGCAUCGCCGUCUCGGCCAUCCAGGUAUGAAGGCAGUAGCCGAAGCGGCUAGCACUGCUACUGGCAUCGACAUCAAGGGACUUUCAAUCCCGAAGCAGCCUUGCAAACCAUGCACUAUUGCAAAGGCACACCAGAACAUACGCCGUACGAUGCCAAGGUUGCGCCGCUCCACCAAGCCAGGAGAACUCGUCCACAUCGAUGUCGGUGGAGGCGGAAAGCUAUGCCGGUCGCUCGACGGAGGGCGCUACUGGAUAGCAUCCAUUGAUGACUAUGACAGCUGGGCAACCGUCAAGUUCUUGAGACACAAGCAUGGCGCCAAAUGGGCCAUCCAGGAGUUCGCCAAAGAGUACGAACGAGACCAUGAAACUAGAAUCGAAAGUUUCCACUCGUUGUCCGACAUCGCUCAGGAAGCUAUUAUCCCAGGAACAGCUGCACCGCAGGUCCCACAGCGAAGGGAUUCAAUCGUGGCCAUCCAGUCUGAUCACGGAGGCGAAUUCAUCGAUAUGCAGCUACAGCAGUGGGCAAAGGACCGCAACAUCGCACGGUUCCUAUCCGCGCCGUACACCCAUCAGCAAAACGGCAAGAUUUAA